AUGAAGGAGGUAGAGCCGUCGAGGGUGACCAACCGUAUAGUAUUGAGGUCGCGUCGUGAGGAAGCCGAGAAUGAGCGUCGACGUGCUAGACUUGUGGAGAAUCCUUCUCCCCCGCCUCCCGUGCCUUUUGACUUAGAUAGAGCUUUUGAGGGAGUGGAUGAGUAUGAUGGCAGUGAUGACAAUUAUGAUGACUUCCCGGAUGUAAAUGAUGCUUUCUUCGAGAGCAACCAUCCGAGUGCAGGUGGUUCUAGUGGACCUAGAUUAGAGCCCGAGGCUCCUUUUGUGUCUUCUUCGUCCUCUCAGUUUGUUCAUGUUAGACGUGGGGCUCGUGGUCGUUUUGAGUCAUCACGACCCGAUUCGGAGGAGGGCAGCACUAGGGCUUGCCGAAUGGAUUCAUUCAAGUUGUCGACUAGAGCAUUGGCAGUCAAUUAUUUGAAAGAUUACAAAUUUCAGAGUGAGGGUGCUGCAGCAUUGGUUGAGAGGACAUGGUUGCGCAAGUUGUUGGACUGCUCGAUCCAGCACUUGGACGGACCUUUACUUGUGGCAUUUGUGGAGAGGUGGCAGCCUGACACCAACACCUUUCACAUGCCUUUUGGAGAGAUGACCAUCACGCUCCACGACGUUGCAGUGUUGCUUGGGAUUCCAGUCGGCGAAGAUAUGGUUGUAGGGAAUGAGAGUGUGAAAGCACAGUUGUGUGAGAUGCUGAGGGUCGAACAAUUGAAUGAACGAUCCAAGCCUUCGCUUAAGAGUGGGGUUUGGUGUGUGUUGAAGCUAUGCAGCAGGUUGGGAGGUUUCGGGAAAGAGAUUAUGAGGAGUGGGGAUCGGGCGCAGGUUUGGCCUCUCCAGUUCUUGGGGGACACUAGACGGGUGAGGAAAUAUUCUUGGGGGUCUGCUACACUCGCCUAUUUGUAUAGGAAACUCGGCAUGGCGUCUCGAGCGGAUUGCAAAGGCAUGGGUGGCUGUUUGACCCUCCUUCAGAGCUGGAUCUACGAGUACUUCCCGUGUUUACGAGAUCAGAAGUUGGGGACACGUGGAUUGGUGUGCGGGGAACCUUUUGCUAAGAAGUGGGAGGGGGUGAGAAUUGGAGGUGGGGCACAGUUGAUGAAUGAGAGGUUGGAUCACUAUCGUCAAGUACUGGAUAAUAUGACAGAUGAGUUCGUUUUUUGGUGCCCAUUCGGCCUCAGACCUGGUGAGAUGGUCUCUCGUUCUUUGUACUCUGGUGUCAUUCGGUGCAUGAGUGUUGAGGAGAUGUACGAUCCCUCGCGUUGCCUCCGUCAGUUUGGGUACGUACAGACCAUCCCCUCAGAUCCGCUUCCUCCAGUUGAUGUUUGCCGAUCUGCGAAUGUCAAGAUGUACUCCUUGUCCUACGAUUAA